UUUCGGUUAAGGUACGAGGUAACUUUCAACAUUUGGGACAGAUUUGGGGCAGAUUUAUUAUUUUAAUACUUGUUACCUUCUACCUUAAAUUUCAUCUCCCGCCGCAUGAGCUGCAAUUUUUACGAGCUGCACCACGCAGACUUGAUACAUCAUGCCUCCUACACGGGCUCAACCGCAACAGCAGCGGCGGCAUGAGUUUGUUCAUCCAGAGGCACAACAUGCGAAAAAGAAAAGCAUAUCUCCUUUCAUGAUAGAACCCAUAAAGGCGCUUUAUAUCUUCUUGAUUGUAAAUCUCAUAUCUGCCCUAUUUGCACCCAUUCAGGAUUGCGAUGAGACCUUUAAUUAUUGGGAACCGACCCAUUAUCUCUCUCACGGCUACGGCCUCCAAACCUGGGAGUAUUCACCCGAAUACGCUAUCCGAAGUUGGUCUUAUAUCGGUUUGCACGCUAUAAUUGGCAAUAUCAGGAGAAUAUUGCCCCAGACUACGAAGCUUUCAGAAUUUUACUUCAUUCGCUAUGUCUUGGCAUUUGUUUGCUCCUUAUGUCAAGUGCUUCUAUACCGGGUCAUCAGCUUUACUCUAAAUCCUAGGAUUGGUCUCUUCUUUCUUAUAGCGACCGUCAUUUCCCCCGGGAACUUCCAUGCUAGUACGGCCUACCUACCCUCCAGCUUUGCUAUGUAUACGUCCAUGCUUGGGGCUACCGCAUUCAUGAACUGGAGAGGAGGACUUAAGACGUCCUUGGGCAUAUGGUGGUUUGCCGUUGGGGGUAUCCUAGGAUGGCCUUUUGCUUCGGCUCUGUGCGCCCCUUUCUUGAUCGAGGAGGCUAUACUUGCAGCCGUAAGCUAUCCCCAGAGUUUCAACGAUACAGUCCGCCGAUUUGGCAGAGGUGUAGUUGCUGCCUUAAUGCUACUUGUCGGCGAUACAAUGAUUAAUACUUUCUUCUACAAGAAGAUUGUGAUUGUGUCUUGGAAUAUCGUCAAGUACAACAUAUUCUCUUCAACAGGCGGCCCUAACCUCUACGGAACGGAACCAUGGACAUUUUACUUCCGGAACCUUGUCAUCAACUUCAAUAUUUGGUUCAUCCUCGCCUUACUUUCUUUACCUCUAUUCCUCACUCAAAAGAUUACCUCCUCCAAGCAAGGUAGCUUUCAGACAGGGAUGCGUACAGUUGUAUUCCUCUCCCCAUUUUACAUGUGGCUCGGUAUCUUUAGCAUGCAACCGCAUAAAGAGGAAAGGUUCAUGUACCCCAUGUAUCCAUUCCUUGCUCUAAAUGCCGCCUUAGGAUUACACAUUGUUUUGUCAGCCUUUGGCAACCCCGAUCCGAAGACCCUGGCCGGCAAGAUUCCAGCUCGCUUAAAGCUUUUCACUGUUAUGGGCGUCUUAAGCCUGUCAUUCGUGCUAGGUUUAGCUCGCAUCAUUGGCAUAUACACUGCUUACUCCGCACCUUUGAAACUCUACGAACCAUUGGGAGCUGGUGUACUAGGCCAACAAGGUCUUGGUAAGCCUAAGGAUCAUGUGUGUUACGGUAAGGAAUGGUACCGGUUCCCGAGCUCAUACUUCUUACCUCGCGAUAUGCACGCAAAGUUCAUUCGCUCAGAGUUCCGCGGGUUGUUACCUGGAGAGUUCUCCGAAGCAGGACAUGAAUUUGGCCUGUGGGGCGGUACCUGGCUACCACCGAAGGGUAUGAAUGACCGCAACGAAGAGGAUAUGACCAAAUAUGUGGAUAUUAAGACUUGUGAUUUCCUAGUCGACACGCAAUACCCGGAGCAUCGCCACGCCUUGCCGCCUAACGAGCCAAAUUACAUCGCGGACAAAGCUAACUGGGAAAUCGUUAAAUGUGAGCCGUUCCUAGAUGCGGCAAAUACACAUCUCCUCGCGAGAGUAUUGUGGAUUCCAGAUCUGAACUUUAUUCCGGAAACAUACAGGAGAAAAUGGGGACAGAACUGCUUGCUGCAGAAAAGAAACCACACAGAGGACUCCCCUCUCAGGUUCGGGUCUUGAAUGAUUUGAAUAGAACAUAGAAGACGAUAAAUGAGUUGUCUAUUACAGCUUGAAUCUUUCUUCGGAGACAGGUAGUUAGUCGUAAAUAAGCCUCCAAUUGUGGAGAAAUUAUGGAGCUAAGAGGCGAGGUCUAUACCGAUGGGGCUGAAAAUAGUCUAUUUCGAGUUACGGAUUUCGGCAAGGGACAGCUAUUGUUGUGUUGGUACUUCUGAUCUGCAUACAACUUAGGUGGACGCUGACAACGUAGUAGUCCAGUCAGCCUUCCGACAUGACCGGAUUUUUAAACGUCGCCAUUGGACGUUGUCUAUGGAUCGUCGGUACAUCUACGGUAGCAUAUACAUUAUGCAGUCUAGACUUUGGUCGGGUCGGGUCCGAUUGCGCGUGGAUUCGUUGAGCUGCAAUGCGUGACAGCAGACUAGUCUCAAUUACGCGUCAAACGCAAUACCGGACCUGCUUAAGAUGUAACCCUCCUAUAUCGAGAAGAAUUGAUGUAAGAAUUGUUGUACGGGGAAAAAAAACCAAAAAAUAAAAUUAUGAAGAACUCGACGUUUGGUCCUUCACCUAUUACGUGUGAAAUGGUAUUUCAAUCGUUGCCAC